UGGGGGGGUGGAUUAGCCCUGCCCACAGUCCUGCCUGUCCCUUGGUGGUGGCGAUGCACAAAGGGUUGGGAUGGCUGUGUGGCAGCUUGGGGACACCUGGCCAGUACCCCACUGACCUCAGUGUUAGCAGAGGGGGAGGUGGGGGCAUCCCACUCUUUCCCCUGGCCAUGGCUCACCCACACUGUCUCCCCAGGGCCCUCUACACAUAUGAGGAUGGCUCCGACGACCUGAAGCUGGCAGCCUCAGGAGGUGGAGGUUUGCUGGAGCUCUCUGGCCACUUUGAGAUCCAGAAGGUGAUGUAUGGCUUCUGCAGCGUCAAGGACCCCCAGGCCGUGCUCCCCAAAUAUGUCCUCGUCAACUGGGUGGGCGAGGACGUGCCAGAUGCCCGCAAGUGUGCCUGCGCCAGCCAUGUGGCCAAGAUCGCCGAGUUCUUCCAGGGUGUGGAUGUCAUCGUCAAUGCCAGCAGCGUGGAGGACAUCGACCCGGGGGCCAUCGGGCAGCGGCUCUCCAACGGGCUGGCCCGUGUCUCCAGCCCGGUGCUGCACCGCCUGCGGCUGCGGGAGGACGAGAACGCCGAGCCCGUGGGCACCACUUACCAGAAAACCGACGCCACCGUGGAGAUGAAGCGGCUCAACCGGGAGCAGUUCUGGGAACAAGCCAAGAAAGAGGAGGAAUUGCGUAAGGAGGAAGAGCGGAAAAAAGCCCUGGAUGCCCGGCUGCGGUUUGAGCAGGAGCGGAUGGAGCAGGAGCGGCUGGAGCAGGAGGAGCGGGAGCGGCGCUACCGGGAGCGGGAGGAGCAGAUCGAGGAGCACAGGCGGAAGCAGCAGAGCAUGGAGGCAGAGGAGGCCCGGCAGCGCCUGAAGGAGCAGUCCAUCUUCGGGGAGCAGCAAGAGGAGGACGACAGGCAGCAGCUCAGGAAAUCGGAGUCGGAAGUGGAGGAGGCUGCUGCCAUCAUCGCUCAGCGGCCCGACAACCCCCGGGACUUCUUCAAGCAGCAGGAGCGGGUGGCAUCGGGCAGCAGUGACGCCAUCUCACCGGGCAGCCACAGGACAGGUCGUCUGCACUGUCAUUUCAUAAAGACAGCUGACAGUGGGCCGCCUUCUUCCUCCUCCUCCUCCUCCUCCCCCCCGCGGACCCCUUUCCCCUAUAUCACCUGCCACCGCACCCCAAAUCUCUCCUCUUUCUUCCCAUGCAGCCAGUCGGACUACCGCAAGGCCUCAGCAGCGGGCUGCAGCCCCUGCGAGCCCAGCCCGGCCGCCACGCCGCUGGGCGAGCCGGGCACCCGCGCCUCGGGCCACGAGACGCCGGCAACGCCCAAAGACACCCCCAGCCCCAGCACCCAGGAGACUGGGCCAGCCGCCCCGGAGCAGCACUGGCCCUUCCCAGGUCCCGAGGACAAGGCCACUGAGCCCCCUGGGGACGAGCCUGACCCCAGGCCGGCGUGGACAACGGGGGUUGAUGCCCUGGGGGACCUGGUGACCCUGGAGCCCACCGAGCCCUCCUCACCACCUGUGGCCGCUGAGCCCCAGCCUGGGGAGACCCCCAACCCCGAGAGCCUCAUCGACCUGUGGCAGAGUGACGGGGACACCACCCCCGCUGCCUGGCCCCUGCCUGCCACCCCCGUCCCCGAGGGCCCCCCAGCCACGCUGCCCGACGAGGGGCCCCUGCUGAGCCUGGAUGAGCUGCCUGAGCCCCCCGCCACCUUCUGCGACGCAGAGCAGGAGGAGGAGGAGGAGGAGGCAGUGGGCGGAGGGGACCCCCAGCCCCAGGGGCUCAGCUGUCAGCAUGCCCCCCAGGAGGACACCCAGGGCCGGGAGACCCCCCCUAUCACCAAUGGGGAGAUGGCCCCCAAGGACGGGACGCCAGGUCGCGGGGAGCAGGCCAGCGAGGGCUAUUUCAGCCAGUCCCAGGAGGAGGAGGUACCCCCCCCCGAGGAGCCAUCGGCCAAAGCCCCCCAGCCUGUCUUCUACAACAAGCCCCCAGAGAUCGACAUCACGUGCUGGGACGCGGACCCCCUGCCCGAGGAAGAGGAGAGCUUCGGGGGGGGC